CUCGAGGGGCGCGAGCGACGCCGCCGCGACCCGGACGCAGCGCGGCAGAUCCACCUGCAGCGCCCGCCGACCGAGACCCCGCGGCCUGGCCGUCGUCUCGAGAGGCGAUGGUCAAAGGCAUGGGAGCCGCGGGGCUCCCCGUACCCUCCCGCCCGCGAAGCCCCCCGACCCUCGCUCGCGGGGAUACUCACCCUGGCGGGAGUGCGCCCUGAACUCGCGCCACGCCCGCUCCCGAGUCCGAGCCGCGCCGGGCGCGGGGACGCAAACAACGCCCGCGCCCUCGGGCCGAGCAGAGGCGGGCUCCGCAUCAUCCCGCUGGAACCUUCAGCAUUUAGGAGAACUGAGCGGCGGCGAGAAGCCGGAUUUGAAACCAGGAGUCGGGGCGGCCGUGGGGGGCUGGUUCCACUGGAGCAGUCGCGGCGGCGGCGGCCCGGGGAGCCGCGGGGCCGGGAAGCGCCCGGCGGGCAUGGGCGAGCCGGUGGUCGCGCGGCCGCGGACCGGCUGAGCCCCGACCUCCGGGGGGCCUGGGCGAGAGUCCGCCCGCGGUCAGGGCCGCCCGGCGCGGGGCUCCCCGGGGCCCGGCCAUGGCCGGCCGGGGUUUGCGGCUGCGGCUGCGGCCCGGGCCACCUGAACGAGGACAACGCGCGCUUCCUGCUGCUCGCGGCGCUCAUCGCGCUCUACCUGCUGGGCGGCGCCGCGGUCUUCUCGGCGCUGGAGCUGGCGCACGAGCGCCAGGCCAAGCAGCGCUGGGAGGAGCGCCUGGCCGGCUUCAGCCGCCGCCACAACCUGAGUCGCGAGGAGCUGCGCGGCUUCCUCCGCCACUACGAGGAGGCGACGGAGGCCGGCAUCCGCGUGGACAACGCCCGUCCGCGCUGGGACUUCACCGGCGCCUUCUACUUCGUGGGCACCGUGGUGUCCACUAUAGGGUUUGGGAUGACGACUCCGGCGACAGUAGGAGGAAAAAUCUUCCUGAUCUUUUACGGCCUCCUUGGGUGCGCCAGCACCAUCUUGUUCUUCAACCUGUUCCUGGAGCGACUGAUCACCGUCAUCGCCUACAUCAUGAAGUCGUGCCACCAGCGGCAGCUGCGGCGGCGAAGGGCCCUGCCCCCGGACAGCCUGAAGAACCUGGGCAGGUCCGAGGCGGACGGCCUGACCGGCUGGAAGCCCUCCGUGUACUACGUGAUGCUGAUCCUGUGCCUGGCCUCCCUGCUCAUCUCCUGCUGCGCCUCGGCCAUGUACGCCUCCGUCGAAGGCUGGAGCUACUUCGACUCGCUCUAUUUCUGCUUCGUGGCCUUCAGCACCAUCGGCUUCGGGGACCUCGUCAGCAGCCAGAACGCCGGGUACGAGAGCCAAGGCCUCUACCGCUUCGCCAACUUUGCCUUCAUCCUCAUGGGCGUCUGCUGCAUCUACUCCUUGUUCAAUGUCAUCUCCAUCCUCAUCAAACAGUCCAUGAACUGGAUCCUGAAGAAGGUGGGCGGCAGCUGCUGCCACCAGUGCCAGGGCGGGCUCCCGCGGUCCCGGAGGAACGUGAUCAUGCCGGGCACCGUCCAGAACCUGGGCAGCGUCUCCAUAGAAACCGAUGGGGUGAUGGAGAGUGACACGGACGGGCGGAGUCCCUCGGGGGAGGGCAUCCCUGGGAAGGACUGCCCGGCAGCCAGCAAGGCCUCGCUGCCCAUGCUGCAGAAGCAGCUGCCCGAGGCGGCCAAUGGCUGCCCCCACCAGACCGGCUCGCUGCAUCAGGACAGUGAGUUCUCGGUGGGGGUGGGGGCCUUUGCGAUAAUGAACAACAGGCUGGCAGAGACGAGUGGGGACAGGUAGGACAGAGGAGGCUGAGGGGACAGUGGCCACGGAGGGGACGGUCACCUGGCCCAGCUCUGCGUCUGGCCGGGUUCCUUCUGGAGCUC